AUGGCGGUUCAUAUUCACAACCCUAACUUUUACCACACUAAUAAACUCCGAUCAUCUCUUACCUCGGCCUCUGCAUCACCUGCUUCAUAUGUCUUCUCCAGAUACUCUCCUGCAAAAUCUCCCGGAUUCAUCUGCAAAUCCAAUAACCAAGAUGACUAUCUCAUUGAUGCUCCUGUUUCUGUCGGAGACGGCUUCUCUUUCAGUGGAGGGAAGUAUUCGGAUCAACCAAGUCCAUCAGAUGAAUGGUUGAAGCAAGGAAAAUGGGUUAAAGCUCAUAAAGUUGGUGGAUCCGGUGUAGAAGCUAAAGAUCCGAUUUUCGGAUUAACAAUGGGAGCUAGCUCUCAAGCUUCAAAAGAUGUUUUCAGAUGGUUUUGUGUAGAAUCAGGGAAUGUAGAUAGUCCUCCUGUUAUACUGAUCCAUGGAUUCCCAUCUCAGUCUUACUCUUACCGCAAAGCUCUUCCCGUGCUUUCAAAGAAUUACCGCGCCAUUGCUUUUGAUUGGCUAGGAUUUGGAUUCUCUGACAAGCCUCAGGCCGGAUAUGGAUUCAACUAUACACUAGACGAGUAUGUUUCGUCGCUUGAGUCAUUCAUUGAUGAAGUAACUACCAGUAAGGUGUCACUUGUUGUGCAGGGCUACUUCUCAACUGCUGCGGUGAAAUACGCAAGAAACCGACCAGAGAAGAUCAAGAAUCUCAUACUCUUGAAUCCUCCUCUCACACCCGAACAUGCGAAACUUCCAUCAACAUUGUCUGUAUUCAGCAACUUCUUGCUCGGGGAGAUUUUCUCUCAGGAUCCUCUAAGAGCAAGUGACAAGCCAUUGACGAGUUGUGGUCCUUACAAAAUGAAAGAAGACGAUGCAAUGGUUUACCGAAGACCUUAUCUCACUUCAGGCUCUUCUGGUUUUGCCCUUAACGCCAUCAGCAGAGCCAUGAAGAAGGAGCUCAAGGUGUAUGCAGAAGAGAUGAGGAACUCAUUGAUGGAUAAAGACUGGAAAAUACCGACCACCGUGUGCUGGGGACAACGAGACAGGUGGCUGAGCUAUGAAGGAGUUGAAGACUUCUGCAAGAGUUCAGGACAUAAACUUGUGGAACUUCCAAUGGCUGGCCAUCAUGUACAAGAGGACUGUGGAGAGGAGAUUGGAGGAAUAAUCUCAAGAAUCAUAAGUAAUUCUUCUCUUGUUUAA